AUGGGUUCCUUUGUACUUCCGUCCCUGCAAAUUGACCCAAUUUCCUUUUGGAGCUCGUUGCAUCACUUGAAACUGGAGAGGUUCAAACUGGAAGAGGGCCCCUUCCCACUUUGGGGAUUUUUGGAUGUCGGGAAAAGUCACGCCUUUGUGAAGCUGGACGCCAACUCCUUUCUCAACAAAGAGCAGGCCAACUUGGAUGCAGACGCAAAACAUUCUUCGUUUGCCAUUCCAGGCCAUCUUUUGGUAUGGGAGCAGAUGUCAAUCAGCUCCAUUCAGCAGGGCGAUCCAUUUUACCUGCUGUCUUUUGUUCUCUUUGUAUAUGCCGACCUCAAGGCCUUCAACUACAAGUAUUCCUAUGUGUUUCCAGCCUUUUUUUCGCCCAAAAUCUUGUUAAAUCAUAGCCUGUCCCACUCGACAAAUUUUAUUUUAAAUGCGCACAAAGUGCCGAUCUUCUUUUGCGCCACAUCCAGUUCAGACAACAAAUUGGAGCAGCAGCAACCGGAACCGGAUCUCUUCACCCUUCAUCCUCUUUCGUACUCACAUUCUUGCGAAUUUGCAAAAAAAUGUGCAAAUUUUGACUCUUUUUUCUUUGGCAUCAGAAAUGAUGUGUUCAUUCCCUUUAAAAAACAGGCUUCAAGCUUCCUAUUGAGCUGGCCUAUUCGAAAUUACAUCAUCCUUUUGUACAAGCUCUUUCGGAUAAAAGAGUUUCGGAUCUUACCGCUAUACCAGUCCGACCUGUAUGAAGUUUUCCAUGAAAACGGGGCGCAAAAAAUCAAGUUCCAUGCGUCUGCAAAUAUGAACGAAUGUUUUGUUCACGUGUCGUUUUCUGAAUUUCCAUGCACCGAUUUUUCGGCCAAAAACCCGGAGGAUCUGUUUGCGCUCACGGGAUGGCAAACGGAGUCCAACGGCCUGGUGAAGGAGUUUGCGGUCAACUUUUCCGACUAUUGCAAUCCGAUGGAUAUUUUAAAGUCUUCUCUUUCUCUAAAUUUGAACUUGAUGAAAUGGAGGGUGCUGCCGGACCUCAAUCUUGAGCGCUUGUCUUCUCAGCGCGUAUUGAUUUGUGGUGCCGGUACGUUGGGAUGCAACAUCGCUAGAGCGUUAUUGUCCCUGUAUUCAUACUCCACCACUAUGGGUUCUUCCAACAAGGCCGAGAUGGCUGCGCAAUCGCUAACCAUGAUCUAUCCUUUGGUCAAUUCCAAGGGCAUUGUUAUGAAUAUCCCCACCCUGGGUCAAUGUACCGUUUCGCAGAACGAAAUCCAAGAGCUUGAGGCUUUUGUGGUUGAUGCUGACGUACUAUUCCUGGUCACAGAUACUAGAGAAAGCCGGUGGCUGCCCUCUGUGCUAGGACCCAUAUGCAGUGCCAGACGCAGUAUAUCUCCCACAUAUAACGCUAAUUACAAGCAAAUUCCAGAGCGUCCCAUAGACAUGGCAUGCACCAUUUCCCGGUCCGGCCUUUCCAUGAUUGCUUCUGGGAUGAGCGUCGAGCUUUUUGCCGCCUGUGUGCAGUACUUUUGGGUGUCGUAUUUUUUCUAUAGAAAAGAUCCAGCAAACGAUGCCAAACAUCCAUUGGGAUCUCCGCCCCACCAAAUACGAGGAGAUUUGUCAUCCUUUUCCCAGCUUGUCCAAAAUGCAAUAUCCGCACAUCUUGAGGGUCCUGUGCGUCUUCGCCAGCUCAGCAUUUGGCUGAGAACCCCAGCUCUUCUUCGGAAGCUGCUCGACAGCAAUGGCCGUGCUCCAUCUCAAUGCUUAAGCACACUUUCUCUGGUUGAGUUUGAAUAA